GAGUUCACUUCCGCAUAGGUGUUUUAGCUUGAGUGGAAGCGAACCGUCACAAUGGGGAGUUCAACUGCUCCUCCUCUUUAACACACACUCACUGGUGUGUCCUCAAUAGACUUAAACCUGAAUUUCGUGUUUUUUUUAAAUACUGUCGUAUGCAUGAAAAUUAUUAAGGAGUGCUUCCUGCCCACUGACACUUCCUCACUGUGCUCCUCACCCGGGAAUGGAGAAUGGAGUUUGGACUGUGUGAAUUAAUCCACACUUUAUUGGCCCUGGCUAUCUUCGUCUUGCUCUUGCUUGUUGUAAUCGCCCAUGUCACUGCUGGAAUGAUGGAUCUGAGGUGUGAUGAGAAGGAGAAGUACUUCCUCACUGCAGCGGGCCUGAAGGAGCCAUUCCCCAGUCUGUCUGAUCUUUCUUCACUGGAGCUCUCUGUGGUGGUGCCCUCCUACAAUGAGGAAUCCAGAUUGCCUGUUAUGAUGGAAGAAGCCAUGGAUUACCUUGAGAAAAGACGGAAGAAAAAUCCUUCAUUUUCCUAUGAGGUCAUUAUUGUUGAUGAUGGCAGCAAAGACAAAACCACAGAGGUCGGCUUAGGAUACACAAAGAAAUACGGGGAGGAUAAAGUGAGGGUACUAACACUAGUGAAGAACCGGGGCAAAGGGGGUGCUGUGCGCAUGGGGACUCUGCGCACUCGUGGACGUCUCAUCCUGAUGGCUGAUGCAGACGGAGCCACAAAGUUUGCUGACGUUGCGAAGCUGGAGGCUGGAUUACAGAAUCUCAGUCCAAAGCCGGAGAACAUGGCCAUCUCCUGCGGGUCCAGGGCUCACCUGGAAAAAGAAUCAGUGGCUCAGCGCUCUAUGUUCCGGACUUUCCUGAUGUACGGAUUCCACUUCUUGGUGUGGUUCUUCUGUGUCAAAGGGAUCAAGGACACGCAGUGUGGCUUUAAGCUCUUCACUCGUGAAGCAGCACUAAGGACAUUCAUCAGUCUGCACGUGGAACGCUGGGCAUUUGAUGUGGAGCUUCUGUACAUCGCUCAGUGCUUUAAAAUUCCUAUUGCUGAAGUGGCAGUCAACUGGACGGAGAUAGAAGGGUCUAAGCUAGUGCCGUUCUGGAGCUGGCUACAGAUGGGCAAAGACCUCAUCUUCAUCAGACUGCGUUACAUCACCGGUGCCUGGAGAUUGGAGUAUCCACGGAAAUCCCAGUAGGCCUAGCUGCUGUUGGUGUGUGGAUAUACAUGAGCAUGGUACAGUGUGUGCCAAUGUGUAACACCCACAAACAAUUGCUACAAGUGAUGCUGACAAACUGGUGCAGGUUGCAGUCUGUGAAUGAGAUUACUACAAACUGUGUAGUAGAUGCAAUCCCUUUUUAUUAUGUCAUGGUAUUGCCCAGGUGAACUGUUAUGUUGGUUUCUGAAUAAUGUGGUGGUUUUUAUUUGUAAAGAACUUGCUGAACAUGCACAGCCAAAUAAACAACCUUACAACCUUUGUGGCAUGAAAAAUGAAAUUCAUGGUUUAGACAACUUCCAAAUAUUCCAACACUUUAAUGUGCUGCUUAAGGAAAAUUUAAACAAUGUAUUUUGAAAUGUCAAUAUAUUUGCUUAUCUAAGGUUCUAAAGAAAUGUUUUCCAAAAUGUAUUGCACUGGCAUUGCAAAGUUAAGAGUAGUGUAAAUCAGCCAAACAUAUUCUUUGGAUUAAGUUUUAAGGUUCUUUGGAUGGUUUUUAGGGGUUCUAUUUUUUUUUUUAAUGUUUUCUAGGCAGCUCUUCUGUUGUAGGGACCUACAACAAUCCGAAUAAAAGAGACAGGACCCAAUGGGAGUAAACCCAAAUGCAUUAAUAAUAAAACCCGAAGUUCCAAACA